AUGCUGGAGACCUACAGGAACCUCACUACUAUAGGGUACAUUUUGGAGGACUGUAACACUGAAGAACAUAGUCAAUGUUCUAGAAGACCUGAAAGGAAUGAAAAAACACAUACCAGAGAAAAAUGCUGUGAAAUUAAGCAAUAUGGUAAAGCCUUUGAUUAUCACAGUCAUCAUCAAAUGCAUGAAAGAACACACACUGGAGAGAAACUCUAUGAAUAUAGUCAAGAUGAUAAAGACUUUGUUCUUUAUGAAACUCAUCAAAGUCAUAAAAGAACACAUAAUGAAGAAAAAUCAUAUGAACUUAAUCUGCUUGGUAAGGCCUUUGCUGAUCACAGUCAUCUUCAAAAGAAUAAAAGAGCACAUACUGGAGAGAAACCCUAUGAAUGUAAUCAGUGUGGUAAGGCCUUUGCUCAACAAGGUCAUCUUCAAAGGCACAAAAGAACACAUACUGGAGAGAAACCCUAUGAAUGUAAUCAGUGUGGUAAGGCCUUUGCUCAACAAGGUCAUCUUCAAAGGCACAAAAGAACACAUACUGGAGAGAAACCCUAUGAAUGUAAUCAGUGUGGUAAGGCCUUUGCUCAACGUGGUACUCUUCAAAGGCAUAAACGAACACAUAAUGGAGAGAAGCCCUAUGAAUGUAAUCAGUGUGGUAAGGCCUUUGCAGAUCAGAGUAAUCUUCAAAAGCAUAAAAGAACACAUACUGGAGAGAAACCCUAUGAAUGUAAUCAGUGUGGUAAGGCCUUUCCUCAACGCGGUACUCUUCAAAUGCAUAAAAGAACACAUACUGGAGAGAAACCCUAUGAAUGUAAUCAGUGUGGUAAGGCCUUUGCACAUCUUUGUCACCUUCAAUACCAUAAAAGAACACAUACUGGAGAGAAACCCUGUGAAUGUCAUCAGUGUGGUAAGGCCUUUGCUCGACCUAGUACUCUUCAAAUGCAUAAAAGAACACAUACUGGAGAGAAACCCUAUGAAUGUAAUCAGUGUGGUAAGGCCUUUGCUCAACGCGGUACUCUUCAAAAGCAUAAAAGAACACAUACUGGAGAGAAACCCUAUGAAUGUAAUCAGUGUGGUAAGGCCUUUGCAGAUCAGAGUAAUCUUCAAAAGCAUAAAAGAACACAUACUGGAGAGAAACCCUAUGAAUGUAAUCAGUGUGGUAAGGCCUUUCCUCAACGCGGUACUCUUCAAAUGCAUAAAAGAACACAUACUGGAGAGAAACCCUAUGAAUGUAAUCAGUGUGGUAAGGCCUUUGCACAUCUUUGUCACCUUCAAUACCAUAAAAGAACACAUACUGGAGAGAAACCCUAUGAAUGUAAUCAGUGUGGUAAGGCCUUUGCAGAUCAGAGUAAUCUUCAAAAGCAUAAAAGAACACAUACUGGAGAGAAACCCUAUGAAUGUAAUCAGUGUGGUAAGGCCUUUCCUCAACGCGGUACUCUUCAAAUGCAUAAAAGAACACAUACUGGAGAGAAACCCUAUGAAUGUAAUCAGUGUGGUAAGGCCUUUGCACAUCUUUGUCACCUUCAAUACCAUAAAAGAACACAUACUGGAGAGAAACCCUAUGAAUGUAAUCAGUGUGGUAAGGCCUUUGCACAUCUUAGUCACCUUCAAUACCAUAAAAGAACACAUACUGGAGAGAAACCCUAUGAAUGUAAUCAGUGUGGUAAGGCCUUUGCACGUCAUAGUCACCUUCAAUACCAUAAAAGAACACAUACUGGAGAGAAACCCUAUGAAUGUAAUCAGUGUGAUAAGGCCUUUGCUCAACGUGGUACUCUUCCAAUGCAUAAAAGAACACAUACUGGAGAGAAACCCUAUGAAUGUAAUCAGUGUGAUAAGGCCUUUGCUCAACGUGGUACUCUUCAAAUGCAUAAAAGAACACAUACUGGAGAGAAACCCUAUGAAUGUAAUCAGUGUGGUAAGGCCUUUGCUGAACACAGUCAUCUUCAAAGGCACAAAAGAACACAUACUGGAGAGAAACCCUAUGAAUGUAAUCAGUGUGAUAAGGCCUUUGCUCAAUACAGUCAUCUUCAAAGGCAUAAAAGAACACAUACUGGAGAGAAAACCUUUGAAUGUAAUCAAUGA